CCGCCGGUCCCGGUGGGCCAUGGGGGAGCCGCCGGCCGCGCUGCCGCCGCGGGAGCCGCCGGAGCCCGGCAGUGCCUAGGCUGCGGGCUUUCUGCAAGUCAUCGGGGCCGGGGGACGGGCCCCGCUGCCCUCCCGCUUCCCCAGCCCAGAGCAUCCACUCGGGAACUGUUUCAUUUAUUUAUUUAUUUACUUCCCUCCGCCGUGCUGUAUGUACCGGUUUCCUCAUCACCCGCCACCGUUAACUUCCCUGUGACUCGGUUUAACACUUGAGACCUCCGUGGAUGCUGCUCAGAGCACUUCUCUUGCCUUUGCUGUCCCUUGCUGGGAUCGGAUUCACACUACCCGGACCCUGUGUGCCUGUAUGUGUGUUCUGAGUGUCUUGACAUUUUGGUUUUCAUUACAAGAGCUAUGCAUUAAUUGUAACCAAGACCUAUGAAUGACCAUAGGCUUGGCUUGACCUUGAUUUUGAUGGCUUUGUUGGAAGAUCUGAUGAUGUGAUUGCAUGUCAUGAGGUGAUUGCUCUCCAGCCUCCAGCCUCCGUGGCUCAGUGUAUAAACCACUCCUGCCACACUGUCACUCAUGGACAAUUCGGAUUUUUCUUUUAAACAAACCUUGUUGCUAUUUUUAUUUUCUCACUUCUCCGUUCCCCCUUGUUUCUCCUUAAUGUUGGGAGCCUUAUUCUGCCCUCUGAUGUGAUUGAUAGUCCUCCUUCUCUUGCUGCUGAUUUCCAGUUUAAGCUACAAUGGCUCUGAGUGGCAACUGCAGGACUUACCUUCCUGCUCGGGAGCAGGGGACAGGGCUGCACUCCUUCCCCGAGGUGGUGGAGCUCAACGUGGGCGGCCAGGUUUACUUCACUCGUCACUCCACCUUGGUUGGCACCCCUCACUCCCUGCUCUGGAAAAUGUUCACCCCAAAGAGAGACACAGCCAACGAUCUGGCCAAGGACUCCAAGGGAAGAUUCUUCAUCGACAGAGACGGUUUCCUGUUCCGCUAUAUUCUGGACUAUCUCAGGGACAAGCAGGUGGUUCUGCCCGACCACUUCCCAGAGAAGGGAAGGCUCAAGAGGGAGGCUGAGUACUUCCAGCUCCCGGACUUGGUGAAGCUCCUGACACCCGAUGACAGCAAGCAAAGCCCCGAUGAUUAUUGCCACAGUGACUACGAAGAGGUGUCCCAGGGCAGCGACACGAGAAUUUGCCCCCCCUCGUCGCUCCUACCGCCGGACCGCAAGUGGGGAUUCAUCACCAUCGGCUACCGUGGCUCGUGCAGUAUUGGCAGGGAGAGCCAAGCAGAUGCCAAAUUCAGGAGGGUCCCAAGGAUUUUGGUUUGUGGAAGGAUUUCUUUGGUCAAAGAGGUUUUUGGAGAAAGUUUGAAUGAAAGCAGAGACCCGGACAGGGCUCCAGAGAGGUACACCUCCAGGUUUUAUCUCAAGUUCAAGCACCUGGAGAGGGCUUUUGACAUGUUGUCCGAGUGUGGAUUCCACAUGGUGGCCUGUAACUCCUCGGUGACAGCUUCCUUCGUCAACCAGUACACAGACGACAAGGUCUGGUCCAGCUACACCGAAUACGUCUUCUACCGCGAGCCCUCCCGCUGGUCCUCGUCCCACUGCGACUGCUGCUGCAAGAACGGCAAGGGCGACAAGGAGGGCGAGAGCGGCACGUCCUGCAACGAGCUGUCCACGUCGAGCUGUGACAGCCAGUCCGAGGCCAGCUCCCCGCAGGAGACCGUCAUCUGCGGGCCUGUCAGCCGCCAGCCCAACACCCAGACCCUGGAGCGGCCGGCCAAGAAGGGCCCACUGCACCUGCUGCCGCAGGCCGAGAUGCGCAGGAAGAGCGACCUGCUCCGGACUCUCACCUCCGGCUCCCGCGACUCCAGCUCCGGCAAGAAAAAAGCGCUGAAGGAGAAGCUCUCCAUCGAGGAAGAGCUGGAAAAAUGUAUCCAGGAUUUCCUCAAAAUCAAAAUCCCAGACAGGUUUCCCGAGAGGAAGCACCCCUGGCAAUCCGAACUGCUGAGGAAGUACCACCUCUAGGCUGCGGGUGGGGAGAGCCAGCUCCUGAGUGACACAAAAGUCAUUCCCAGUAAUAACUAUUUCUUAGGUCACCAAAACCAAAAUCCAUCUCUAGUACUGCCUAAUUUGCCUAUUUCACCUUAACAUUUCCGGUCGUAGGGGAACGAUAUUUUUGCAGUCCUGGAAGCACAAUGACAAACGCUUUUGUUUGUAAACCCGGAGUCUUACACAAGCUGAAAACCUUAAGGGCACGAGCAGGCCCACCCCAAGGGAUGCUGGCGUGGCCCCAGAGCAGGCAGGGCAGGGUGCUGAGGGCUCCUGGAUCCUGCUCGGAGCACACGAGCUGCAGGGAGGAGCACAGCACAAAGCCCCAGCUCUGCCCCGGCAGUUUAAGCAUGUGUAUUUAUAUAUGUGCAUAUAUAUAUGUGUGUAUAUAUAUCUCUGUGUAUAUAUAUAUAUGUAUAUAUAUAUCAAUAUAUACUGCUUAAAGAUUUUCUGGCUCGCUCCUUAUAACUGCACUUUCUCAGAAAAGAGCAUUUUUAUAGUCUGUGGAUGUCCCGUUCCUUCUCCAGGCCUUUGAGGGCUGAACAGUAGAAAUCCAUCUCCCUGUCUCUCUCCUGCUCCCCCUGCCAGGCCUCCCCCGUCCCUGGGGCACUGUGAAUGUGUCCCAGGGGAGACCAGGGCGCAGUCUGUGGCUUUGUGUUGCCAUCAGCAAAAUAUUCCGUUUGUUUGGGAUGCUCCUGGCCCUCGUGUGCUGCCCACGCCUCUCGUGUCUCCCAAGGCUCUCGGUGGUCAGCGGUGCUCUGUCCCCGCUGGAAAGCCCCGGGGAUGGCUGUGGGCUGUGCAGGGAUGCUGGGGAGGAUGUUCCCUCCUGCAGGUGCCAGGUGUGUGUCCAGGAGCAGCUGUCCCAGCUGGCAGGGACAGCGGGCACCGCUCCCCAGCCCGCCCGGGGGCUCUGCCCUGGGGAGCUGCAGGGGCUGUGCCAGGAGCAGCCCCAGAGGAGCCCCCUGUGUCCCCUCCCGCAGGUGCCAGCCGUGCCUGUGUCCCCUGUGUGUCCCCAGAGCCCAGGGACAGGCAGGGCUGGGCUGGCCCGGCAUUGCCCAGCCCGGGAAGGGCAGAGGGGUCGGGCUGGGGAGGGGGCACGGGCUGGCCAGAGCUGGGGCAGGGCAGCAGUGGAGAGGAUGGAACAGUGCUCCAGCUGUGGAGGCCACAGCUGGGGACAAACCAGCUAGAGGAGCUGGGAGCAAUCAUUUGUUUCUAAAGCACAGGAAGAAGAUUUAUAUAUAUAUAUAUAUAUAUAUGAAUAUAAAACUGUGGUCAGUGAUGGCGCUGGUAACACAGAACACUCGGAUUCUGACUCAGUAAGUGUCCUGCAGGUUCCAGGGCUUCCCCCUCCUGAAUUCCAGCAGCUGCUGUGGGAGAUGCUGUCCUGCCUGCUCAGGUUCUCCCUGCCAUCCUGCUGCAGCUCCAGCCAGGAGGAAGCCUGGUGCCAUCAUGCUGGGCUGGGCCGGGGAGGACGGGGACCCCUGAGGUCUCCAUGAGCCCACGGUGGUGUUUGGGGUCGGGGGCACCUUUUACCAGCCACAAGAGGAAGCAAUACUUGUCCAGAGGGAUCGAUAAGCAGGAGCUGGCUGCAGGGAGCAGGGCUGGGAUGUGCAGCUGGGGUCAGCUCCGGGACCUUGUGGGGGCAGGAGAGGCUCUGCCUGGGAAAUAAUCAGUGAAGAGACUCAGCACUUCCCAGGAUUGUGCUUUAGAGCUGGUUCAGGGUUCAGGACAUUCCCUCCCACUGGAAUUCAGGCUCGCCUCUUGUGCCACCCUCUACUCACAGGCUCUAAAGGCACAUCUUCCCACGGAAAUCAAUGUUUUAUACAAGCUCCACAGAUUCGGCCCUGCUUAGUUAUUUCAUGGUUAGUUUACAGCAUUUUUCUCUCCCUGCUCAACAUUUCCUGCAUCUUGUCCCCCUGGGACCCCUGCCCCUUGCUCUGAAGCAAGAACUGAGGAACAGACAGGGCUCUCCUCUGGGUUUCCAGCAGGGCUUUAGGACAGGUCACCUUUGUUCCUUGGCAGGAGACUGCAGCUAAAACCUCGUGCUUUCACUCCAGAUCUUUCCCUGUCUCCUGAACACGGCAGCAGCUUGUGCUGUGAGCUGGGUGCAGGAGCAGGCGUUGGGUGUGGGUGUUCCAGGGACACGGGAUUGCUCCGUGAUUAAUAACGGGGGGGAAAUUAGACCAAAUGAAAUGCGCCCAAGUGGGCUUGAUUUAUGUGGCCUUCAUGUCUCCAGUUUGAGAUGAAAUGGUUAUUGCUACAGAAAUAAAGGUCUUAAACUUCAGUAGGAACAGGCAGGCCCAACCUGCUGGGAAACCCAGCCUGGGCUGGGGCUGGGGCAGGGCAGUGCCAGCUGUUGGGUUCAUGCCCGUGUGUGUUUGUGUGUGUCCUGCUGCAUCUCUGAGGGACCUGCUGCUGCUCUGACCCCAUGGACAGCUGUUUUGUGAGCGGUUUGUGCAGAGCUGGGGCUGUGCUGGCAGUUUCUGUGCUGCUCAGAGGCACUGAGGGGCUGUAGGUGGAACACAGGGGCCCCGGGCGGUGCUGGGGGCUCUCACACCCCUGGAGGGGUCAGCAGCUCUGCCCAGUGCUGCCCAGAGCUCCCUUCCUUCCCUCCUCUGCACCACCAGUGCCCCACAGCACCCC